GAAGGCAUCGGCGAGAGUCGCAAGGCAGAGCAGCUCGCCCCGAUCGCGAUCAUGGCUGCUGCGGCGAGGUGCGAUUGCCUCCUGUCGCCCGCGGCGCCCAGCUAAUCGCUCCACCAGGGUGCGAUGGAGCCCAGUGAUGCCGGGAAGCCGCCGAAUCUGAUGCAAUUUCUGCGGAAGCUCAAGGAAGUCUUCGAUGUGUGCGAUGAGGACGCCGACGGCUUCAUCCGGGUGGAGCGCUUCGUCGCCCUGGGCUUGCAGUUUGGUGAAGGGGAUGAGGUUGAAAAAUUUGUCAAGUACUUGGAUCCAAAUGAUAUGGGCAAAAUCAACUUCAAAGAUUUCUGCCAUGGAGUGUUUGCUAUCAAAGGCUGUGAGGAGUUGCUGAAGGAUGCAUUGUCUGCUGAAAGCCUUGGUCCCCAGCGCUAUGAGUCGGAGUAUGUGGACUACUACUACCAGGGAACCGAAAUCCAAGACAUUGGCUACCUGGACAGUGAAAGUGGAUUCGGUGAAUCGGAUCUCUUUCCUGAUGAAGACAACAUGACCCUGGCCCAGCCGGAAGUCCACCAUGAGUCAGAUAUGGACAGUGCCAUUGAAAGCGCUCAUAGUUCAGAAGCAUCAGAUGUGUGCCGGAGCGAGGAGAAGGACAGCGUGUUGGGUGGCCUCUUCCUACCGGGAGAUAAGUCAAGUCCCCUCAACCCAUCUGCGGCGUCCGACCUUUCUACCUAUUCCACUGCCUCCUUGAUCAGCAAUGAAGAACAGUUUGAAGACUACGGAGAAGGAGACGAUGUGGACUUCACUCCCAGCAGCCCUUGCCCUGAUGAUGAAAGCAGAACAAAUGCCUACUCUGACCUGGGCUCCUCUGUUUCUUCCAGUGCCGGCCAGACCCCAAGAAAAAUGCGGCAUAUGUAUAAUAGUGAGCUCUUGGACGUCUACUGCACGCAGUGCUGCAAGAAAAUCAACCUCCUUAAUGACUUGGAAGCCAGGCUGAAAAACCUGAAAGCAAACAGCCCAAGCAGGAAAAUAUCUAGCACAGCUUUUGGAAGGCAGCUUUUCCACAACAGCAACUUCAGCAGCAGCAACGGCAGCACAGAAGACUUGUUCCGAGACAGCAUCGACUCGUGCGACAACGAUAUCACUGAAAAGGUGACUUAUUUAGAGAAAAAAGUGACAGAGCUGGAAAAUGAUAGCUUGACAAAUGGUGACCUGAAGAGCAAAUUGAAACAGGAGAACACGCAGCUCGUUCACAGGGUUCAUGAACUGGAAGAACUCUUGAAAGACCAAGAGACCUCAGCUCAGCAGAAUCUGGAAGAAGAGAUAAAGAGGCACAGAGAGGCAUACAGCAAGUAUGAAAAAGAGAAAACAACAGAAAUUGAACUACUGAACACAAGGGUUCAUCAGCUUGAAGAGGAAAACUGUGAACUCAAAACCACAGUCUUACGACUGAAAUCACAAACUGAGAAACUGGAUGAGGAGAGGCAGCGGAUGUCGGACAGAUUGGAGGACACCAGUCUGCGGCUCAAGGACGAAAUGGACUUGUACAAAAGAAUGAUGGACAAACUGAGGCAGAACAGAAUGGAAUUUAACAAGGAGAGGGAGGCGACUCAGGAGCUAAUUGAGGAUCUGCGGAAGGAGCUAGAACACCUCCAGCUGUAUAAGCUCGAGUGCGAGCGCCCUGGCCGAGGGAGAAGUUCCUCCUCCAGCCUGAGCGAAUUCAGUGCAAAGGCGAGAGAAGUGGAAAUGGAGCAUGAAAUUAAGCGGCUAAAGCAGGAAAAUCAGAAGCUUCGUGACCAGAAUGAUGACCUUAAUGGGCAGAUCCUUAGUCUUAGUCUUUAUGAAGCCAAGAACCUUUUUGCAACCCAGACAAAAGCCCAGUCCUUGGCAGCUGAAAUUGAUACUGCCUCCAGAGAUGAGCUUAUGGAAGCUCUUAAAGAACAGGAAGAGAUCAAUUUCAGAUUGCGCCAGUACAUGGACAAGAUCAUCCUAGCCAUUCUAGACCACAACCCAUCCAUCUUGGAGAUCAAAAACUGAAAGUCUGGGUUUGGAAGGGAAAACAGAGACUUUUGCUGUAGAAGACAUCAUUUGAUCCACGUACUCCUCUGCUACUGUAAAUGAACCUAUAAAUAUAUAUAUGGGGGGGGUGUAUGUAGACACACAGACCGUGUUUAUAUGAGGUUUGGUACACUUUUAUCUGUGAAUCAUAUAAUUUGGCUUGGUGAAUUUUUCAUGCACUUUCACCACUUGGAGGUGGGGGGAGGGGAAAGAAAGACUGUUACAGGGUCGUAUUGAAAUAAUGAUGUAACUGGAUUUGCACUGUUUUAGAUACUGGACAAAAAAAUGACACUACCUCUAGAUGCAAGGAUAAAAGACAAUGGGAACAUAUCUAGUGCCAAUUCAUUCCCUCCCCCACAAAUGAUGCUGAGUUUCAUGUCUUAGCAGCAGUUCUUCCCUCAUCUUCCCAGCAUGCCCAGUUUUCCUUCACUGGUGCUGACUUUGUUGUUUUUCUUAGGCUUUUGCUGUUAUGGUGCUAUUGAAGCGCCCAGAUGGUCAGUGCUUCUCUUGCUCCUUCAAGAAGAAUUUUGUUCAGGAUACAAAAGGGGAAAGAGUAUUCUACACAAUUGUUUUUGUUGGUUUGUUAAAGCCUCUUUUGAACAAAAAGAAAAACUGAAUGUACGUUGCUGUGAACUCUUUUAAGAUGGAUGGCCGUUGGUAGUAUUGCAUAACUCCAUUUGCUAACUUUCUUCUGGUUCCAGUGUUGCGAAGGCAUUUAUGACAUAUUUACCUUUAUGUCUCUUGCCAGCCAUAGAGGAGGUAUGCCUUCCUCAACCUAGUACUUCUGCUGAUUGUGUGAUUCUGGGAGUUGACACAUCCAGAAGGUACCAGAUUGAGGAGUGCUAGUGCUAGAGAAAUUCCCGUUCAUCUGUACCAAACAUGAAGUACAUCUUGACUUGGAUAUAUGGAAAUCCCUGACCGUAGUCCUCUGCGUGAAGGGCUUUAAGGGCUCUACAUCCUGCAUAGGUGUCGCCUUGACAAGCAGAAAUGAAAAGGUUAAGAUGUGUUCAUUUGUUUAGAGAUUCUUUGCCUCUUGGUGCCCAGAAAAGCUUUAUGCAUUGUAGGGCCAAAGCGCUAGGUGGGCACAGUCUGUUUUAGGAAAAGGCAGGAGCCCUACUGUUGGUUGACAGUGGCAGCACUGAAGCGCUUCAGAGAUUUCGUGAAGGAAGACAGUCUUUUGCAUAUUUUUAAACUGCCCCCUGAUACCUUUAAGAAAGAAAGAAAGAAAGAAAGAAAGCUGCUCUCACUCUUAAGCUCAGUUUUGGUUGAUAGGUUGGUUGGGGUUUGUUUUGGUCUGUCACAAAAGCAGAGCAUAGAGAUGGUUGCACAAUAAGUUGGUGAGUGAUUGCUCUGGAAGAAUCAGGAGGGAGCACCUCUAUUAAGCCACACAGACAUCUGUAGUUGUGGACACAGCUGGGAGAAGUUUCUUUCUUUCUUUUCUUUUUGACCCACUGCUCCCCAAAUUUCCAGGACAGUUUUCCAAAGUUCCCCUGAAGAGUUCUUUCCUCAUUUACACACACGUGGGCUGUAGAAAGGUUGCCAGGGUUGUGCAUAAACCACAGUGGGAACCAGUUUUGCCUCUUGAGUUAAACGAUGCCUUCUAAAAGCUGUUUUACAUUAUUCAUUUUCUUCAUGCCUUGGGCUUCUGUGAAGGAAAGGGCAUGAAAGUUGUGCAUGUACGGUUGCAUGCAACAGCCAGGCACAAAGAUCUGUCUACUAAGGGGUAGAGACUUUGUUGUCUUGUAUGCUGUUCUACAGGAAGAUUUUGUGCCAUUUCCUGCUAAACAAACUGGUUCACACGCAGAAAAUUGCACAAUGUGUGAAACAGCUGUAAGACUUCAAGGAUGCCUGUUUCUGUUACUACUUGUUGUAUUUUCCACUCCUUAAUUGAUCAGAAUCCUGUAGUUCCAAGUUAAAGCAUAUCUUGUUUUUUUAAACAUGCACAUGCAUUAUGUGUGUGAUUAAUUGUAAAGCUAGGAUCUGUUGUUACCAAAAAUAAAUUGGAAGAUUGAAUCUCUUAA